AUGACGACUGCCCCCAAUGGACUGGUUCACGCCGCCGACACCCACAAAUUCAAGCGCAUCAAGCCCGACGACCAAACAGAGAAUCCUUUCGUGAAGCUCAUCCCGAACCAAGACAUCGCCAUCGUCCCUUCCUUCGCCCUCGAAUCCGGCACCGUACUACACAAUGUCCCAGUCGCAUACAAAACCUAUGGCACCCUAUCCCCCGAGCGCGACAAUGCUAUGGUCAUAUGCCACGCCUUGACAGGCAGCGCAGAUGUGAAGGACUGGUGGGGACCGUUGGUCGGAGGACCGGGCAAGAAUGGGGAAGAGUCGCGCGCAUUUGACAUGUCCCGGUUCUUCAUCGUUUGCAUGAAUAGCCCCGGCAGUCCAUAUGGUAGUGCCAGCCCGGUCACAGCAAAAGAUGGCAACCCCGACAAUGGCAACUACGGACCAGAGUUUCCCUUGACAACCAUCCGCGACGAUGUGAACCUGUUCAGGGUGAUCCUCGACGAUCUUGGCGUAAAGCAGAUCGCAGCGGUCGUGGGAGGCUCCAUGGGCGGCAUGCUGGUGCUGGAGUUCGCAUACUUUGGCAAGCACUACGUCAAGACCAUCAUCCCGAUCGCGACGUCUGCGAGAUACAGUGCGUGGGGCAUCAGCUGGGGUGAAGCGCAGCGUCAAAGCAUCUACAGCGACCCCAAGUACGACGAUGGGUACUACCCAUACGAUGACCCGCCAAAGAGUGGCCUGGGAGCAGCACGCAUGCAGGCUUUGCUCACAUAUCGCAGCCGUGACUCGUUCGAGACUCGAUUCGGUCGACACCACCAGGAUCCCGCGCAGAAGAAGCAGAAUAUCAACGACCAGCAGCGACCUCUAGAUGCCAACAGCGAGCACUUCGCAACUCACAACGAAGGCCACCGGACUGCCGGAUCGCCCAGACCUCCCUCUCGUGCUGGGUCCAUCAGCAGCAGCUCUCCAAAGCAGCCGUCCACCAUCUCAGUCAAGGAUCCGCAGUUCUCUGGCUGCACGGAUGUCGAAGUCGAGACCAAGCCGAGUCGCAACCCCAACAGGAACAAGAUCCCUACCUAUUAUUCAGCGCAAUCGUAUCUGCGAUAUCAGGGCGAGAAGUUCAUCGGUCGCUUCGACGCCAACUGCUACAUUGCCAUCACCCGCAAGCUGGACACACAUGAUGUGUCCCGCGGCCGCACGGACAAGAGCGAACCCGGCUCGCCGACCCCCGAAGAAGUGAGAGAAGCGCUCGGUCUGAUUGAGCAGCCGACUCUGGUGCUCGGCAUCCAGUCUGAUGGACUCUUCCACUACGUUGAACAGCAAGAGCUGGCUGCGGCGAUCCCUAACAGCGAGCUGAAGACUAUUGACAGUCCAGAUGGCCACGAUGGCUUCUUGCUAGAAUUCAAGCAGGUCAACGGUUUCCUCCGUGACUUUAUGAAGCGCGAGCUGGGACACAUCAUGUCGCGUGAGCCGGUCAACUGGCCGCCGAAGGAAGAAGAGACGUCCGAAGCGAAGGCUAGCGUAUUUGGCGAAGCUGAGGUCGAAGAUAUCACAGCAUGGUGA